AGACGCCAUGCUUCGCGCUUCCAAGUUAUGUCAAACCACCACCAGAUUAGUUAGUCAACAACGUUUCGGCUCCUUGAUAGCUAAAAUGACUCAUAACAAUGACAAAUAUGCAAAUCUGGAUUAUAUCUUUUUGACCUUUUUUUUUUUUGUUUUUUGUUUUCUUUUACAGCGUACAGAAUCAACGACUUCAUCGACAACGAAAGGUUCUGGAUCUAUUGGCAAAACUUUAUUAGGAUUGACUAUUGUGACAGGUGCUUCUUACGGUGGUGCAGUGUAUUAUGCAUUGGAAAACGAAGACUUCCGUCAAACAUUUACUAACUUUGUACCUGGUGCUACUGAAUCCGUCACAUUCUUUGAAGACUUGAAGGCCAAUAAGGAUUUACACAACUAUCGAGAUCAAGCUACACAAUAUACGAAACAAGCUGGAGAUUAUUUGUCAUUUGCCAAAGAUACUGCUACUGGUGCUUAUGAUUACGCUGUUGAUACCUAUUCAAAGUUGACUGGAGCUACUGAACCACCACGAUUGAACAACACUAAUUCAUCAUCAUCAACUACUUCUGACAAAAAAUCCACUACACCUGUUGUUACUGCUGUGAUCGAUCGUCCUCCCCCUAUUGUCGUCAAACGUGUUACUUCUGAUCAUGCUGUUGUACGUGAUUUAUCACGGGUGGUACUUGAACUUGCUUCCAUUUUGAACGAUGCUGGAUUAGCCAAUGCAGGACGUGAUAUCUUGACUCAAGCUGAAGCACAAUUACAACAAUUGAAUGAACGAUAUCAAGCUUUGGACAAGGAACAAAACGAUACAUUGAAGAAUCUAGUACAAUUGAAGAAGCAAGUGGAUACUUUAGAUAAGGAUUUGGAUCAAUUACAUAUGGACACCAAAGAAACUCUCCAUGCAACCCAUGCCGCCACAGCCAACAAAGUCAAAUCAAAAGAAACUCAACUUCAAACUGAAGCUGAAGAAACUCGGGAACAGCUCAAACAAUCAUUCUCUGAUCUUUUGGUGACCGAACUCAGUGCUCAAAAACAACAAUUGGAACGUGAACGUGCUGAAGCAUUGAUUGAACAAGCUGCUGAACUCAAGAGAUUAUUUGUUCGAGAUGUCAAGUUGUUGGUCGAACGUGAACGUGCUGGACGACUUGCCAAACUGGAUACCAUCCAUCAACGAUUCCAAGCCAUUGAAGAGUCUUCUUUACAAAACGCUGUUGCUUUGGAUCAUGCACGACAAACUCAUCAAUUGUAUGUAGCUCUUACUGCUGUACAAGACGCCGUAGAUGCUCAUUACAAACAACCUUUUGUGGAUGAAUGGGAAGCCUUACGCCAAGGUGCACAACAUGAUGACAACCUCAAAAAGAUUCUCUCCUCGGUAUCUCGGGAAACAACAGAAGAAGGUAUCGCCUCUUUGAAUGAACUGUCUGCUCGCUUUGAUGUGGUGGCUGAACAACUCCGUCGUGUAGCUCUUGUACCUGAAGAUGGUGGUUUUGGUGCUCAUAUUCUCAGUUAUAUCAUGUCCAAAUUAUUAUUCAAGAAACACGGUCUCGUUGAAGGUGAUGAUGUGGAAGCUGUUUUGGCCCGAUCCUCCUACUAUUUGCAAAAGAGUGAUUUAGAAAAUGCUGCUCGUGAAUUGAAUCAAUUACAAGGCUGGCCUAAGAAAUUGGCAUGUGGAUGGAUCCAAUCUGCUAGACAACACUUGGAAGUGAAACAAGCUUUAGAGAUUGUGGAAUCCCAUGUUGUUCUUUCUAGUUUAGUUGAUGCUUAAACCAAAAAAUACAUAUAUUAUACAUUUCUUUCCUUUCUAUUUAUUAUACGAAACAUGAUCAUCUUCUUCCUGGUUUAGACAAUCCUAUUUUAUAUAUACACAAGCAACCAAAUC